AUGAUGGAUGACUCUCUAAAGUAAUUUUCAUCCAGUUAUUUAGAAGAAGACUCAAUAAUCUGCAUCAAUUCUCCUACCCAGCGAUCUUCAGACAUAAAAGGCUCAAUGGGACUGGACUUCAAUAAAAUCCAAAACGACAAAAACCCUCCUCAAAUUUUUACUCAAAAUCAUUUUCAUUCAUAUUCAUGCUCUACCGUUAUUCCUACAGAAACUCAUUCGUCUCUAAAAUUACCUAUAAAGACUCAGCGGCAAGGCCAAGUUUUUGAGCGAUUAGUCCAAGAUGUGAAUGCCAGACAUGAGUUAUUCCUAUUAAAAUUAAAUAAUUAUUUUAAAAAACAAUGCAAAAUAAUGUAUUAAGUUAUUAAAAUAUUAUAAAAGCAAAAAUAGAAGAAUCCAAUAAAAUUCUUGAAAACCAAAAAGUUUUGGAAUUUAAGUCAAAAAAGCGAAUUUCUUUAAAAGAAAAAGACGAUCUUUAUAACAGACUUGUGGAAGAUGAAAACAGAAGAGAAAAAAUUAAAAGAGAAAUGCAAGCCAUAGCAGAAGCUCAGGAAUUAGAAAUUCUGAAGAAGAAAAAAUUAUUGACAAAAAAAGAAGUCAAUGUUUUAUUAGAUAGGCUACAUGGGUAUCAUGAAAAGAAAAAAGAAUGAUUAGAAGCUAUUGAAAAAGAAAAAAUUAAACUGGAGCAGCUAAAAUUAAAAGAAUUGGAGAGCUUUACUCCUAGAAAAACAAGGGACUCAGAUUUGUUUCAAAGAUUAAGUAUUCCAAAAUCUCCAAGAAGUUUUUUAGAAAGUAAAGUUAGAUGGUCACUUAAAUAA